AUGGAGCAUGAAACAGAGAAGGAGUCAGUCUUCAUCACCCGCGCAACCGAGUCGCCCUUCUGUUACAGGUUUCAGCUGUACGCGCAGCUGCUGUUGCUGCUGCAGCAACAGCACCGUCAACAGCAGCUGCAGCAGCAGCAGCAGCUGAACAAGCGACAGCUUCAGGUUCCCAUACCAUUUCUUGCGCUAUAUAGGGCCAUCCCAGAGAGCCUCCGUCUCUUUGUCAAGCAGCAACAACAACAGCAGCAGCAACGGCAGCAACGGACUCAGGAAAGGGAGGAACUGAACAAUGAGUGGACCUUCUCCAUGACAAUACGCCGCCAGAGCGAUGGUCUCCUACUUUUGCUGCAAGUGGCUGUCUAUACGCCUGGUUUCAUCCGCCUCCGGCUCUCAGAGCAUGUGGAGCGGCAGCGGAUUGAACAGCAACAAAAGCCCCGGCACUUCGUUGCAGAGCUGUUGUUGGACCGGCAGCAGCUGCUGCAGCAGCUUGUGCCGACAUGUUGUGUGCAGCAGGAGGUAGACAAGACGCUCAUCGUCGCAGAGUGCAUAACCCCAACUGCAUCAGCGGCAGCAUCAGCUGCGAAAGCACACUCUUCUGUUGCCGUUGCUGCAGCAUCAGCGGCAAAGGGACAAAGAGCUGAGGCAGCUGGAGCAACAACAAACCUGGAUUGCAGCGCUCAGGAUGCGCUCAGUUCGGAAUGGCUUCAACACGGGAUCUGCAGCAACACAUCAAAGGCAUCGUCGGGAGGAGGGGCACAAUAUGCAGCAGAAGCAGCCCGACACACUGCCGACGCCCCCUGCAGCUUUGAGCUAAGUGUGUGCGUUCACCAUGAGCCCUUUGCGGUUUCUCUGCAGCUCAACGGCAGAGAGCUCCAGCGCCUGAAUGCGCAGCAGCUUCUUAACUGGGAAAGUGUCGGCACUGACAGGCAAUGGAGAUCUGCUGCUGCUGCAGUCUCUGCUGCUGUUAACCCUCACAAGGAACACCAGCAGCAGCCGGUACAACUGGAGUCCCACGACGCACGGAGAGCUACGGCGUUUAAGGCUGGCACCUCAGAAGAUAGUAUGGCAGCUCUGAGGGAUCCUCAGGGCAUGCAAACCAUCGCAGUAGCGCGAAGCUCAGCGGAAAUGUCUCACAUGGCUCAUAAAGUAAAUGCAGCAGCAGAGGAAGCAGCGGCAGAAGCAGCAACUUUGAAAGCAGCAGCUUCCCAUGCAGCGGCAAAAGCUGCAAGAGCAGCAGCAACAGCAGCAACAGCAGCAAAUCCAACUUUGGAUGAAGCGGCACCGGAAAAAAGGAAAAAAGCAGCUGCAGACGCAGCUGGCGCAACAGCAGCUGCUGCGGCGUCAGCAGUAGGUGCAGCAGCCCUGGAAGCAGCAACUGCUGCGAAUUUAGCAGUAGAAGCCGCAGAAGCAGCAGCAACAGCAGCUGAUUUAUCGCCUUCCAAGCUGCGAGAUGCGAUAGACGUGGAGUGGAGGCCGCCAGCUGCUUCUUGCCGUUUCGCUGCUGCUGCAGCGCACCCCAUUGCUGCUAUGCUGCGGGCUGAAGAGCAGCGAGACGUACCUAUGGAGCAGCAGGAGCUGCUGCAGAAGUUGUUGCAGGCCUCACAGAAGCAACUACUGCAGCAAGCUGUGCAAGAGGAGAAUCAGUCUGAGGAGGAGAGACUGUGGCGUGCAUGCGGCGUCGGCGGUGAUAUUUCAUUUCUUGAUGCUGUUGGGGUGUAUGGACUCUACGAGCACUCAACAAGUUACCGCCUCGAAAACUACACCGAGCCUUACAGGCACGUACCUUAUCUUUGUAUUCGACUUGUAUUGUUCAACGUGGACGCCUACGGCUGGGACCCCGAUAGCCCAUCUUCUCUUUACGCUUCCAUGCCUCUUCUGUUUGCUACACACGCGGGAGGCUCCAACGGGGGCCGUCAGGCCUCUGCUUUCGUUUUCCUUAACUCUGCAGAGACUUUCUUCAGAGUAAACUACGAACAGGCCCCGGAACAACAAGAACAGCAGCGGCACGAGCACCAGCAACGGCAGCAGCAGCAAGAAGGCGUCAUUCCCUGUUGGUUUUGCAGCGAGGGCGGAGAGUUCGAGUGCCUGCUUUGCUGCGGGCCCUCCCCUGUGGACGUCCACCGCCAAGUGCAUGUAGCGCUGGGGCUGCCCAUGCUGGCCCCAAUCGGCGCGCUAGGAAAGCACCAGUCCAGAUGGGGAUAUGCCGAAGAGGUGAGAAGCAAGAGGGCAGGAAGAAACAGGCAAACUAAAAGGUGGAAAAGGCAGCCAGAACAAAUAGAAACACGCAAACCAACAGCCAGACAGACAGAAAAACAACCAGAAAGAACAAAGCGGGACAAGCAAACAGAGAAACCCAGUCAGAGCCAGAAACAGAAGGAUGCUCAAGAAGCGGUGCGCGGGAUGGACUCUUAUGGGGUUCCGUUCGACGCUUUGUGGCUAGAUAUCGACCACACGCCUCACUGCAAGUACUUUCUAGAGGACACAAGCAGAGUUGAUCUCAAACAGCUUGCCGGCGAGCUUGAAGCAAAUCAAAGAAUGCUUGUGAGACGCAUGCACCAGUACCAGCAAAAGCAACACCAAGUAGUCAUAGCAGAUCCUCACCUACGAAUCGAAGUCGGCUAUCCUCUCUUUGAGGAAGCGGUGCAGCAAAAGCUGCUUAUCAAUAAUUUGGGCGGGCUUCUGCGUUUGGCCAGACUACCUGCGUCAAAAGGUAAACUCACCAUGUUGAUCCUGUACCAUAGCUGGAAAGGAAUAUCGAACUUGGGCUUAUGGAACGACAUGAACGAGCCCUCCAUAUUUGGUUGCAAGGAGCUGACGUUGCCAAGGGGAGCCCUCCACAAAGCCGACCCAGUUCCUGCCGCUGCUGCUUCAACUGCGUUGGCUGCAAAGAAGGGCGGUGACAUUGAAGAACGGGUAGAGCACUGGAGGGUUCACAAUCUUUACGGCCUGUUGCAGCAAAUUGCGUCCUACGAGGGCCUCUUAGCUCGCAGUCAAGGGACUCGCAGGCCAUUCCUUCUCUCCAGAGCUGGCUUUUUGGGUUCUUGGCGGUGGGCCUUUUUGUGGACUGGAGACAAUGAAGCAUCUUGGGCUCACCUGCGCUGUGUAGUGCCGAUGACGUUAUCUGCUGCUGCUUGCGGGCAGUCUCUAGUAGGUGCUGACGUGGGCGGAUUUAUUGGAAGUACAGGCCCCGAGUUGCUGCUCCGGUGGCACCAACUCGGUGCAUGGCUCCCUUUCUACCGAGUCCAUUGCGAAAAGGCAGCAGCGAAGAGAGAGGCCUUUAGAGACAGUCUCCUUUUGCCUUUUGUGCGCAAAGCAGUGCUUGAAAGAUAUAGAUUCAUGCCCUACUGGUACACUCUGUGUGCGGAAUAUUCUUUCUUCGGCGACCCUAUCGUAAGACCCAUAUGGUGGCUAGACGCUUCGGCAGAAGCAGCACGUGCAGGAAGCAACAUCAGCAGCAGCAGCAGCACGCAGCCGUUUCUUGUGGGCAGUCAAAUCUACGUACAGCCCAUUCUUCAUUCCAUGCUGCCAAGGGAGACACAGCAGCAGCAGACAAAAGACACUAGCAAGCAGCAUGCACACGAGGAGGCACGGCAGCUGCAUGAACAGCAGCAACAGCAGCAGCAUGAAAUACAUAUGCAUCAGCAGCUUACCGAGCUGCAUCUUCCUAGAGGACUGUUGUGGUACGACGCGGAUACGGGCUCGGUCUGCUGCAGUCAGUCCGCGGCAACAGCUACAGGCCAACCAGAAACAAAGUCUGCACCAAGUUGCAGCUUUCCACUAACUUUACGACGCAUUCCUGUCUUCGUGAGGGGCGGUGCUAUUGUUGCCACUCGAGAGGCACCGAGCAAGUCGGCCCUGCUCUGCAUGCAACAGCCGCUCACGUUGCAUGUAUAUUUGAGCCCAGAAGGUGCAGCCGAAGGGAGACUAUAUCUCGACGAUGGCAUUUCAUUCCAAUGCACAAAAGGACGCUUUCUGUAUCUCAGGAUUAGGGCCCGCACACUGCAGCACCAGCAAGAGCAGCAGCAAGCACAGCAGCAAGAGCAACGCCAACAGGAUCCACGCAGCAGCAGCAGCAGCGCAUCAAAGGGACUUCUCAUCUGGCCUGAGUCAGAGCCUCUCCCGUUGGGAGGUCCUACGUGCCCCUGGGUCUAUGGAGCGCUCAGUCCUGGGGAGUCGUUCAAUGCAUGCAUAUCGCAUGUGGCAGUUUGGGGUGUGCGGACCCCGCCUGCCUCAGCUGUACUUAGAGAGAGGGGUUCGGGGCAGCGGCCGCUGGAGUUUUCCGUCUCUGCCCUGCCCCUGAACCCCAGAGAAGACGAGCUGCGGAAGACCCAAGAAGCGUUCAUCACUGCAGCGGCUGCUGCGCCCUGCGCUCCUGCGGCUACUGGCAUAGCAAAAGACGCCGUUCCUGCUGCAGCUGCUGCUUCUGAAGCACCGGCAACAUUCAAAGCAAAUGCAGAGCAAGCUAAGCGGCAAAUGCAACAGAAGCAGCACGCAGCAACUCGGGAACACCUGGCGGGCCUCCUGCGGCAGAAGACGGAGAGUGAUGAGCUGCAGCUGCAGCAAAAGCACCAGGACGCCUGUUUCGGUCAUCCGCUCUAUAGAGUCCUCAUUGAGACCCCUGGGGCGCUAGCGACAGACCCGAUUUGGGCUAUUGAGCUGGUCUGGUAG